AACUCCAAACCGGCUUUUAAAAAGUGUAACUAAGUUGGAAAUUUACGAAAUUGCCCCUGUCUGUUAAUAAAACUACAGUGGCAGCGUUCAGACAUUUCUCUCUUCUCAGAUUAGAACUUUCGCCAUCUUCGAUCCUCUCCCUUCAUCGGUGUUUCAUCCAUCUCUAGAGUCGGUUCGAAGGACCUCUAUCUCUCUGCAAAAGAGGACAUUGUAACGAUUUUCCGACAAGAUGCACGCGUUUCUCAAGGACAUAGUCCCCGCAGCGCAGAACAACAUAAACACGCGUUUCAUCAUCCUCGACAAAGCACGAUCAAUAUCAUCACCCCCGGCCGCGAGCGGGCAGAGCUGCAUCGCGUUAGCUGCGGACGAAACGGCGGCGGUUCACAUACAGCUGUGGGGAGACGAGUGCGACGCCUUCGAGGCGGGGGAUAUCGUGAAUCUCACAAACGGGAUAUUCUCUUACGUGCGGAACGGUGGGUUACUUCUCAGAGCUGGAAAACGCGGGAAGAUGGAGAAGGUGGGUGAGUUCGCGGUUGCGUUUGUCGAAACGCCAAACGUUAGCGAGAUCCAGUGGAGUCCUGAUCCGGAGUAUCCUAAACGUUAUAUUCAGAACGGCGUCGUCUCGGCUUAUUCCCGUAUUUUCCCUCCUUUGCCUUGAAUAAAAAAAGAUUUGUAUAAACACUUUAAACAAGACAUACGAAUGAUAAAUCAAAUAUUUGUACAUGUUUAAAGAUGAAUCAAUGGUUAUUUUACGAGUAA